ACAAAACUUAAAUUUGAUUUAGUUUAUAGUCAGCGACCCAUAGAGCCACCUGAAUUUAACGCCGCAAAGUAAAUGAUACGCGGAUUGAACCCGUUAGAAGUUAUUUUUGAACACUGUUAAAAAAUGGAUUUUGUGACUUUUGCCAGGAUGGCAUUGGCGAUCAAUAUUAUCCGCAUUGGAUACGGUUCGGCACAAGAAUAUGAAGGCGAACCAUGCAGAUUAGAUGACAACACCAUAGGCAUUUGUAAAAAUAUCACCAAUUGCCAAUCAAUAAGAAAAGGCUUGAUGACCGGCACAUUCGGAUACAAUAACAUCGUUGGCUGCUCAUUUAUUGGUACAGUACAAAUAGUUUGUUGUGCUGACGAAAGGCCAUUACUAGCCGCAAAUCGAACUCCGCUGGAGCAAAAUAACAGCCUCAUCUUUGGCGCGAUUCACAGCUCGACAUCGGAUUUAAUGGCAGAAAAAUCAAUGUCAUCUAGUUCUGACACCAAACCAACGCACAUUCCAGGCAAAAGAGCUGAAUCCGCGUGUGAGUUAUACUCUCGGUUUCGAAUACCGGCAGCCUUAGAGAUUCAUCCAUUAGGGAAAGGUUUAACCUAUGGAGAAUUUCCAUGGAUGGCUGCGAUAGGCUAUGCAGACCUCAACAGCGACAUCAUUUUUGACUGUACAGGAACUCUCAUUUCGGAUUGCUUUGUAUUGAGUGCUGCACAUUGUGCGCGACCAAGGCGACCACCGCAAAUGGUUCGAUUAGGAAUAGUGACUCUUCUUACAAAUGACGACGAUGAUUCCGAUCCGGUUGAUAUCAACAUUAAGGAAAUCAUUCGUCAUCCAGAGUAUAAGGCAUCUACAAGGCAAAAUGAUAUUGCACUCUUUCGACUAGCUAAAAGGGUUCAAUUCACAGAUAUCGUUCGACCAGCAUGCUUACGAACAGAUUUAUCUGAUGUUAAGCCAGACAUUAAACUUAUUGUCACAGGAUGGGGAAGCUUUCCUACCAGUAUUACUGAUGAAACAAAAACGAAGCGGCCAUCGGUUUUGCUAAAAUCAAUUGUAACAACAAUGCCGCUACAGAUGUGUAGAACAACGCUCUUGAACCAUAAUCGUCAAGUAAAGGAAGCGAGCCUACGGAAUGAUCUGAGUUUGCGCCAAUACUGUGCAUUCGAUCCCAGAAAUUAUGUAUGUCCAGGCGACUCCAGUCUACUCCAAGCUUUUCCCAACACAUCAGACAUUGCAUCAAUUGUUGGUGUGCUUUCGUUUGGUGGAAACUGUGGCACUCCACUACCAAUGGUAUUUACUAGGGUCGCUUCCUAUAUAAAAUUUAUUGAACCAAUCGUUUGGCCGAACCUGUAAUAUUGUAGACUAUUCUGGAAUUAGAAAGAAAUCAAAAAUAGAGAUAGAAAUAUUUAAAGAAAAAAUCGUACAUUUUGCUGUAGAUACAUAGGAUAGAAGAUGUCGAAUAUUGGAGAAAAAAAGGAAAGAAAUAAAACCAUUUCUAUAUUUGUUUUUUACAUGUUUUAUUAUCGAUUUUUCUAACAAAUCCAAUGAAAUAAACUUUUAUCAUAUAAUAUGGUACAACUAUAGGUUCGUUGAGUGGAGAAAAUUCAAAAAUGAAAUAAUUUUGGUUGCAAUAAUAAUCAAUCGUAAUGAUUACCUUGAACAAUUUUAGGUUUGGAGCAAAAAAAUUUAAGUGACUUAGUUCAAGAGAUUGUUUGAAUAUGGUUUGAAACGUUCAACAUGCAAUUCACUUGAACACUUCUGUAAGGACACCUGCCAUUCAUUGCCUAAUCGUGCCUGUAAUUCUUCGCUUAAAUUAUGAGUUAAUUCAAUGUAAUUGUGAACAAAUGUGAUUUUUUACAAUAACCUCAAACCGGACACUAAAUGAAU